AUGGGGGACGGAUACAGAGAGUCCCGCUACCGGGACCGCGACGGCAGCGAGUCGGGCGAGGAGCGAUACAGAACCACAAAGGUCCGUCGCUAUAAGAUCAAGCCUGGCCGUGACGACCACUACGAGAGUUUCGAGGUUGAUGACGAGCCCCGGUCCCGCUACUCUGGCCUGCCUAUCCGAACCCGAGAUGACUACUACGACUUUGACCGUCGCCCGGAGCGCCCGCGUUCAGAGUAUAUCCCACGGUCGGAGCAUCCUGACGACCGCCGUAGCGCCUACUAUGAACCUGAGAAGGACUUCCACAAAGACGCAGACCCGGGUCGUAUCACCGUCUGGGAGCCCAAGGAGAGCGACGUGGAUUUCGAUCGCCGGUCUCGCUAUAGCCGACACGACGAUGAGAUUCGCGUCGAGAAGGAAUACGAAGGCCGAUACAAGGAUUCUCACGGUCACGAUGUUGACCGUAUCCAAAAGGAAACUGAAUACUAUAUCCGACCCAGCCCUCCUCCUUCCCCAGUCAUAGUCCGCCAGCGAGCUGAGCCCCAAAAGAUCAUAUUCCAGGAAGCCCCUCCCCCAGCACCCAUUGUCGUACCGCGCCAAGAGUCCAACAUCGUGAUGCUGAGGGAAAAGGAGCCCGCCCGUGAGAUGGUCCGGAGGGAAAAGGAGCCCGCUCGGGAGAUGGUCCGGAGGGAGCGCGAUAGGCCAGAGGAGGAGUACUACUACCGCCAUGAAGAGUAUGAUGGCCCUUACCGUAGCAGAUCCGACCUCGACCGGGAGCGAGACCACGCUCUAGCGCGGAUGGACCACCACCGCCGUCAUCACGAUAGCUACAGUGACGACGAAGACUACUACGUCCACCACCGACGAAUUGUUCGGAAGGAACGUAGCGAAAGCCCGCACCGCAAGCGCAUAAUGGCUGCCGGUGCUCUCGCCGGCGCUGGUGUUACUGCUCUGCUCUCCAGUCGUCGCGAUGAGAACGGCGACCUGCCUGAGCACCGCCGCCGAAAGGUUCUUGCUGGUUCGGCCCUGGGAGCUAUUGGGACUGAGGCCCUUAGGAGGGCUUACAGUGCCCAUGAGGAAAAGCACGGAGGCUCUCCAGAUAGCCACUCGACUCUUAAGAAGGCUCUUGGCGUCGCUGCCGUCGGUCUUGCUGCCGCCGGAGCGGCCAAGUAUAUGCAGGCCAACAAGGUCGACAAGGAAGAGUCCAGUCGUGGACGAAGCCGAAGACGCUCGCACUCAGUCGCCACGUCCCGCUUCGGCUCAGGAUCGCCGGCUCGAUCUCGUAGCCGGAGGCGAAGCGUUUCAGUCGCCAAAGCCGCCUUGGGCACUGCCGCAACGGCUGGCCUCAUCAAGAAGCUUCGAAGCAGGUCGCGAAGAAAGAGCGGGGACAGGAGCAGGAGCAAGUCCAAGAUUCGCCAUCUGGCUGAGAUCGGUGGUGCCGCCACCGCUGCUGGUGUUGCUGCAAAGCUUUGGGACAAGCGCGCUGAGAAGAAGAACAAGGAAGAUGAUGAGCGUGAGUUAAGCAGGGAGCGCGAGAGAAGUCGACGGCAUUCUACUAGGGGCCGAAGCAGGGAUCAAAGCUGGAGCCGCAGCCCGAGCCGUGGUCCAAGCCGUGCCUCCAGCCGUGCUCCCAGCAGGAGCAGGUCAAGAGCUCCGUCAGCCCGCAAUCGCUCUCCUGGUUCAGAGGUUGGCUUGAUCGAGUAUGGAAAUGAUCCCCUCGGCCCUGGCCCCUCCAAGUCUGCACACGGAUACGAGUCUGAAGCUGAGGAGAGGCGACGUCGACAAAGGAGGUCGCGUGGUCGUUCUCACUCGUCUGACGAAGGUGAGGCAAGGGACAGGCAUGCCCGUAGCAAGAGCCGUCUGCGCGACAUGGCCGCAGGCGGAGCUGCUGCGCUCGGAAUCAAGGAGUUCAGAAGCCAAAAGCAAGAGGAGGACCUGGAUAGGAGGUCUCGGGAACGGCAGGCGAGAGAAGAGAUGCGAACACGUGACCGAAUGGAAGCACGGGAUCGCUCGAGGUCAAGGUCUAGAGGAGGAGGCGCGAGAGGCCCUGACUACUUCGGCGAUUACAAUGGCCGCACAUCGCCACCAAACGCAUCUGGAGGUGCCUACUUUCCACCAUACCCUUCUUCUACCCCUGGUCGCGAGGAUGCUCCCGGUGGUUACGCCAAUGCAGCCAUGCCAGAGGCUAAUCUGUAUCACAACAACCGAUACGUCCCUCAGGACUACACCGGUUAUGUCCCACCAAGAACUCCGGGUGAGAACGUGGGCAUGGGAAUUAAUGGAGGCUCGGGGCUCCCGCCUGCCCCCCCAGCCGGCCCUCCCCCACGUCCCCGCUCCUCAGCGGGCAGUUACCCCCCAGAGCAUGUGAGUGAAGAUCCCUGCUUGCGAGGGAGCGAAGAGGAUGCCAUAACGCAACCGCAACCCCAAAAACCUCCAAGUGAAGCCCCCAAACCUCCAAGCGAAGCACCACCUCGGGCCAAGUCUGUGGUGUUUGGCCCUCUCUCUCCAAGAAGCUCGGUAACAAUGGAACGACACAAGAGAGGAUUCUUUGAUGAAAGCAGGGAUAUAAAACGACCCGCCCCUCUCUUACUUGAAAAUGGACCUUCAGACUCUCCUGACACCCCCGAUUCCCCCGAGAAACCCAAAGAUAAUCGCCCUGACCGAGACUCGUCGUCAGAGCGACGCAUUGUCCGUAUUCGACCUCAAGACCUCCUUGCUGGCUCUCAAGACCGCGCUCGUCAACGUCGCAAUGAGAGCAACGACCGCAGUAAGCCUGAUAAGAGUGAUGACCGCGAUAAUCAUAAUAAGCGUGGCGAACGUGAGGAGCGAGACGCUUCGUCGGAACGGCGCAUCGUCCGCAGACCGUCCAGGAAAUCACGUCCUCCCGCAUCGGAAUCGGACGAUGAUAUUGAGAUCCUUCCCGACCGCUUUGACGACGGAGGCUCUCCCGUAAGCGAACACAGACCUCGCCGCUCCCACCACCGGAGCAGCCGCAGCGCCGACUAUAGUCACAGGAGUCGCCACCCCGACGACCAGGACAGGCGAGGUUCAUGGCAGUUUGGCGGGGCCGACCCCCAGCUGAUGGACACCGUGGUCCGGGGCGUCACGAGCGUCAUGGAGGGCAAGAAGAACUGGGUGUCUUUACUGGGCGACGUACUGGGCAGCGGUGUAAUCGGGGGUCUUGGCGGUCAAGCGUUGCAGGAGGAAGACGAUCACGAUCGCAGGCGGCAUCGACAUAGAUAA